AUGAAGACAAAUACAACCAAGAGGCUGCGGACCACAGCGGCUGUCUUGGAACAUAGCACACCUGAGGCUAAUGGAGCUAACGAAGCUAAUGGGGCUAACAGAGCUAAUGGAGCUAACGGGGAUAACGGAGCUAAUGGGGAUAACGGAGCUAAUGGGGAUAACGGAGCUAAUGGGGAUAACGGAGCAAAUGGGGAUAACGGAGCAAAUGGGGAUAACGGAGCUAAUGGGGAUAACGGAGCAAAUGGGGCUAACGGGGCAAAUGGGGAUAACGGAGCAAAUGGGGCUAACGGAGCAAAUGGGGCUAACGGAACAAAUGGGGCUAACAGAGCUAAUGGGGCUAACGGGGAUAAUGGAGCUAAUGGGGAUAACGGAGCUAAUGGGGAUAACGGAGCAAAUGGGGAUAACGGAGCAAAUGGGGAUAACGGAGCUAAUGGGGAUAACGGAGCUAAUGGGGCUAACGGAGCAAAUGGGGCUAACGGAGCAAAUGGGGCUAACGGAGCAAAUGGGGCUAACGGAACAAAUGGGGCUAACAGAGCUAAUGGGGCUAACGGGGAUAAUGGAGCUAACCGGGAUAACGGAGCUAACGGGGAUAACGGAGCUAAUGGAGCUAACAGGGAUAAUGGAGCUAACGGGGAUAACGGAGCUAACGGGGAUAACGGAGCAAAUGGGGAUAACGGAGCAAAUGGGGAUAACGGAGCUAAUGGGGAUAACGGAGCUAACGGGGAUAACGGAGCUAACGGGGAUAACGGAGCUAAUGGAGCUAACAGGGAUAACGGAGCUAAUGGAGCUAACGGGGAUAAUGGAGCUAACAGGGAUAACGGAGCUAACAGGGAUAAUGGAGCUAACGGGGAUAAUGGAGCUAACAGGGAUAACGGAGCUAACAGGGAUAAUGGAGCUAACAGGGAUAACGGAACUAACAGGGAUAACGGAGCAAAUGGGGAUAACGGAGCAAAUGGGGAUAACGGAGCUAACAGGGAUAAUGGAGCUAACAGGGAUAAUGGAGCUAAUGGAGCUAACAGAGCUAAUGGAGCUAAUAGAGCUAACAGAGCUAACGGGGCUAACGGGGCCAACGGAGAUAACGGGGCUAACGGAGCUAAAGGAGCUAACGGGACUAAGGGAGCCAACGGGGCUAACGGAGCCAAGGCGACUAACGGACCCAACGGGGCUAACGGAGCCAAGGCGACUAACGGAGCCAACGGGACUAACGGAGCCAACGGGACUAACGGAGCCAACGGGGCUAACGGAGCCAAGGUGACUAACGGAGCCAACGGUACUAACGGAGCCAACGGGACUAACGGAGCCAACGGGACUAACGGAGCCAACGGGACUAACGGAGCCAACGGGGCUAACGGAGCCAACGGGACUAACGGAGCCAACGGGGCUAACGGAGCCAACGGGACUAACGGAGCCAACGGUACUAACGGAGCCAACGGGGCUAACGGAGCCAACGGGACUAACGGAGCCAACGGGACUAACGGAGCCAACGGUACUAACGGAGCCAACGGUACUAACGGAGCCAACGGGGCUAACGGAGCCAACGGGGCUAACGGAGCCAACGGGACUAACGGAGCCAACGGUACUAACGGAGCCAACGGGGCUAACGGAGCCAACGGUACUAACGGAGCCAACGGUACUAACGGAGCCAACGGUACUAACGGAGCCAACGGGGCUAACGGAGCCAACGGGGCUAACGGAGCCAACGGGGCUAACGGAGCCAACGGGGCUAACGGAGCCAACGGGACUAACGGAGCCAACGGGGCUAACGGAGCCAACGGGGCUAACGGAGCCAACGGGACUAACGGAGCCAACGGUACUAACGGAGCCAACGGGACUAACGGAGCCAACGGGGCUAACGGAGCCAACGGGACUAACGGAGCCAACGGGACUAACGGAGCCAACGGGGCUAACAGAGCCAACGGGACUAACGGAGCUAAUGGGGCUAACGGAGCCAACGGUACUAACGGAGCCAAGGCGACUAACGGAGCCAACGGGGCUAACGGAGCCAACGGGACUAACGGAGCCAACGGGACUAACGGAGCCAACGGGGCUAACGGAGCCAACGGGACUAACGGAGCCAACGGGACUAACGGAGCCAACGGGACUAACGGAGCCAACGGGGCUAACGGAGCCAACGGGACUAACAGAGCCAACGGGACUAACGGAGCCAACGGGACUAACGGAGCCAACGGGGCUAACUGA